AUGGACAGUUAUUUACCCAGACUCAAAGCUAGCCUAACCGAACACAUGGCCCGAAACACUACUUCGUGUCUUCCUUCCCCGAGCGGUACCAAGAUUUCUGUUGCAAUAAUCGGUAUUAUACUACAACUUCGAAUCAUGUAUAAGAUGGUGAAAGAUGGAAGAUGGGAUAAUCCGAUACUUCGGAGGAAAGCCGAGCCGAGGAAGUACUGA